AAUUAACGAGACAUAAUGAUUUUGUCAACAGAACAUUCGGCGGCCCAGGAACGGAACACCUUGGAAAUCCUGCCAAGCGGGAAGAUUCAAACAAAACCGGUGGGAUCGAGCAUUCUCAUGACCUGCAAGCCUCGAGUUGCCGACACGAAACUCAUUUCGAACAUUCGAUGGAUCGACCCGCAUAACAAUUCUAUCGAGAGCCUCAAGUCGCCCAGCUACUCGAAGCCUUCGAUGUACACGGAAAUCCAUCAGGACAGCAGCCUCUCGCUCUUCUUCAAUUCUUUAAAGGAGGAACAAGCUGGAAAAUACAUAUGCAGCGCACAUUAUGCCAAUAUCAAUCUCCUCAGCGUGGAAGUGAUUAUCGAUACAAUAGUCGCCAUCACGUGGGAUGACGCGCCGGAGAAUCAAUUCCCCAUCCUCGGAGAGGACUUUGCAAUAAAGUGCAAAGUUCGUGCAAGGCCUUCACCCACCGUCGACUGGCUCUACAAUGGCGAAGUUAUCAGAACCAAUGAUCAUUACGUAAUUGAAACUCAUGCGCUCAAGAUCAAGAAUGUCAAGGAAUCCGACGACGGUGUUUACACGUGCAGAGCCUCCGUUACCGAGACCGGCGAACUUCAAGAGCGAACUAUUCGUGUCGAGGUGCACACGAGACCCAAAAUCAAAGAAUUCGAAAAUCCCCUGAGAGAGGUGACCGAAGGCGACAACGUCAACAUCGUUUGCAACGGCACGGGCAAGCCGCCACCAAAGUUCGCCUGGAUCAAGACCAUGACGAAAGAGAAUCUGGCGACGGCCGAUCGUUUUGGCGUAAACAAGGACACGGGCGUCCUCACUAUCACGAACGUGAGACGCGAGGACAGCAGCGAGUACCAGUGCACGGCCUCGAACGCCGCUGGCAUCACCACCAUGAACAUCCAACUAAACGUCCUCAUCAAGCCCAAGAUCAUGGAGUUCCUCAAUCAGACCGUCGGCCAAGGGGGCAAUGUCACCCUCUCCUGCAAGGCCUUUGGCAGACCACCGCCAAGCAUAAUCUUCCGCAAGCACACGACUUCCAAUCCGUACACCAUCGGCGCCCAAAUGAACGACGACAGGAUCAUUCUCAAUAAUAGAUUUGACGAUCAGAAUGACGAGACGAUCGGAGAGCUGAAGAUCGAUCAGGCCUUAAGAUCUAACGACGGCAUGUACGAGUGCAUAGCAAACAAUAAGGGCGGCAUUGCAUUCAAGAACGGCCAUCUGACCGUCGAGUUUCCGCCAUCCUUCGCCUCGAUGAACAAUCGGACGAUUUGGUCGUGGGACGCACGGCCCGUGAACCUCACUUGUAUCGUCGAGAGCAUACCAAACGCGACGAUUCGCUGGACUUACUACGGGGACCAGAAGGUCGAGAACGAUCCUCAAAUUAAAAUCAUCGGCAACGGUCCCAUUUCCCAUCUGCUCAUAAUACCCGUGAGCAAACGAUAUUACACUCAGUACAAGUGCAUAGCCAACAACCGAUACGGCGAGGCCUUUCACUUAUUGGAGCUGAGGGAUGCGCCCAAACCGACGGAAAUACCUCAAGUCAGGAUGGUAGAGACGACCGCGACAACAAUAACAUUUAAUAUUGUGCCCCCUGUAGCGCCGGACGAUCUGCCGAUAAGAACCAUCAUCGUGCAGUAUAGAAAGCAGGAUACGGGUUGGAAUACAGCACGCAACAGGACCUGGGCCGUCGGCUCUCACGGCAUCUACGUGGUCGAGAAUUUGGAGCCCCAGACGAAUUACGAGUUUCGGUUUGCCGCCUCGAACGAAGCCGGUCGCGGCAACUGGGGCAUGAACAAGCGCUUCUCGACGACGAUGCGAAGCGUCCCCGGACUGGCCCAUUUCUUGCCCACUCCCGAAGGGGCCUACAUUCUCUCCCACUACCACGACAAGUACAAUGCCAAGUGGUCGGUAGCACCUGACAACGGAAUGAGCAUCGACUACUACGAGGUUAAGUGGUGCAAGGUCAAGAAGUACACCGGCGACCAGUGGGAACUCGUGGAAAACACUUGCCACAGCAAAUUCGAAACGAAGCGCGACACGUGGAUUUCGGGACUUUAUCCCGAUACUUACUACAAAAUCGAGCUGCGGGCCCAUAAUGAAUUGGGCUUUGGCGCCCCCGCAAAUAUCACGAUUAAGACUACGAGAGGCAACGUAAGUAACGCAUCUGUGCUCCAGCAUCAUGGCUCCGUAAUCUCAAGCGCGGCCAUAAUCGGCAUUGCUAUUGCCGCUUUUAUCGUCAUCAUGCUGAUUAUCGACACCAUACUUUACUGCACCAACAAGUCAGGUAUUAUUUACUACAUGUGCGAGAGAUCACGAAGGAAACCCGUGGACGAGGAAGAUGCAAAAUUAGGAAGAGACGAGAAGGAGCCGCUGAAGGAGGAGAAGAAGAUCACGCCGAUCAUUGACUCGGGGCUGCGGCGCGAGUCAUCGGUGACGUUCGACGGCAAAAGGUCGAUCUCGAAGACGGGCUUCGUUGGAAAGGACUCGGCCGUUUAGAUAUUCUUCCGGCGUACUAGAUUGUAAAUCUCUCUUGCUCUGAGAACGAGCGUUAAAGGCGCGCGAUUACGUUCCGUCAAAGAAACGUAGCCGACAGCAGCGGGGCUCCCCCCAGCACCGACCCGACGACGACGAUGUUUACGCGUCGAAUCACCAGCCGAAGACCGACGCGCGAGAGCCGCCCGACACACAUCUACCCACCC